ACUUGUCAAACAAAAAGCGCUAGAUUAUCGCCGACAUCUUGUAAUAUUCAAUUUUACGAAAAGGGUAAUGAGUUUGAAAUAAAGAAAAUACGUUAGAAUCUUAGAGCGAUAUGCAUGGAACGAUUAUUAAGAAAUGAAAUUUUGGACGAUCGUUGCUCUCGUACUCGUAACAUAUAUGUUCUACAAAGAUCAACAACGAAAAAAGUUUAAAAUCUUUUAACCUAAGUUGAACUUGAAAAGUUGCUUGAGGUGCGCAAAUGUUAGAUUAUCAGAAAAGGCGCGCAUUGCAGAAUUCGUAACAAUUGUAGGAAUGAACUUAUUUUAUAAAUUUGUUUAAAAUUAAGUGCAAUUUCAUCGCGUGUUCGAAACUUCGAUAUUUAGUGAUCACAAAAUAAUAAUUAUAUUUCACGAAUUCUUCUAUUUAUUACGGAAACGCACAAUUAACAAUUUCCUUCUAUGUUCUAAUACAAAAGUUGUUUCAUUCAUUUAGGUUAUUCUUGUUAGUUUUGUCUCGUAGAUUGUGUUACAAAGCUUUUCAACGAUCGAAAUAAAAUGGAAUUAGACAUGCAUACUUCGUGGACUCAAUUAACAGAAGAAGAUGAUGCUCUUCUUAAUGAAGCCAUUUGCAUGAGUUCACAUGAAUUGACCAAAAUAGUAGACUCUAAUAAGGAUGCAAAGAGGGACAAUUUUUUAGAAACUAAUUCUUGUGAAGCUAAGACACAUAUUAAUAAUGAACAGAAAAAGGAAGAAGAUAUUAGUUCAAAUGUAGAAAUUGAUAACAUGUCUAAAUUCAGAGAAAAUCAAAGAAACAAUGCAGUCAGUAUAAGUUAUGAAGAUAAUGUAAGGAAUAAGCAGUAUGAUGAUGGUUUUCGCAAACGAGCUAGGGAAAAUCAAAUAAAUAACGAGGAUGCAAAAGUUUCUCGAACUAGACACAAUAGUGAUUCAAGUUCAACUACUAAUUCUUCAGAUAGUAAUAAGAGACGGGUAGAAUAUGAAACAGAUCCUAGAGUAUUAGCUCGUAGACAAAAAGAAAUAGAUUAUGGAAAAAAUACUAUUGGAUACGAUAGAUACAUACAGGCUGUGCCUAAAGAGAAACGUACAAGAGAACAUCCAAGAACACCACCAAAAUAUAUUAAAUAUAGUAGAAGAGGAUGGGAUAGCAUGGUAAGGUUGUGGAGGAAACAGCUUCAUCAGUGGGAUCCUCCACAAGAUAGCAAUAAUUCUGAUUAAAAUAACCUUAUGUUACCAAUAUUUUACUUUAUUAUCCAAAUAUAUCUUUCUGUGCAUCAUA